AGAACAAUAAGCUCAUCCAGAGCAUACUCCUUCGUUCCCAUCCACCACUCCACAGACUCAUCACCCGCCAACAUGUCCAAAGGCAAAGUCCUCAUCGCCGGAGCGUCCAUCGCAGGCCCCACAGCCGCAUACUGGUUCGUCAAAGCCGGCUUCACAGUCACAGUCAUCGAACGCUUCCCCCGACUCCGGACCGCCGGUCAAAACAUCGACAUUCGCACAUCAGGCGUCACGGUCAUGCGUAGAAUGGGAGGAAUGGAAGCUGCGGUGCGAGACCAUCUCGCAGACUUUGACGGCAUGAGCAUCGUCAAGGAGGACGGCGAACCCGUCAUCGUGAUCAAAGCGAGCGGCAACACCGAACAGCAAUCCCUCGUCUCGGAAUUCGAGAUCUAUCGUGGAGACCUCGCUGCGAUACUCUACGAUCGAACCAAGGAUGAUGUAAGGUAUAUCUUCAACGAGCAAAUCACCUCGAUGCAAGAUCAAGACGGCGGGCCCAUCACAGUCGAGUUCCUCAACGGAACACCGAGAGAAACCUUCGAUCUAGUCGUAGCAUGCGAUGGAUCCACCUCACGAACACGAGCGAUCGGUCUGGGAUGCGGCGUACGAGACCACGUCGUCUCCGUGAACGCUUGGGCAGCCUACUUCUCCAUCUCGUCAGACCUUCUCGAAGGUAGCAGGAUAUGCGAAGGACAUUCCGUGCGUGGAGGCCGCCUCUACGCGCUCUCACCAGGUCCCGAUGGCACGAAUAGAGUUCUCCUACAAAGAUGCCACUCCCGUUCCGAGCAGGACGCAACGCUCUCCUUCCGUCAAGCCCAAGAACAAGGCACCGAAGCCCUCAAGAAAUUCAUCUACGAGCUCUACACGGGAUACGGCUGGAAAACGCAGCAGAUCGUCGACGAAAUGCUGGACUCGAAAGAUUUCUACGCUUCUGAGAUCCUGCAAGUCAAAGUCCCGUCCCUCUCGCGCGGCCGGUUCGUCUUGGUCGGCGACGCGGGGUACGCGGCAGGUCCGACGGGCGGAGGAACCAGUCUCGCGCUGACAGGAGCGUACGUUCUCGCCGGUGAAAUCGCAGCGAGUAAAGGCGACAUCGGAGCGGGUCUGAUGGCUUAUGAGGCGAGGAUGAAGCCUAUCAUCAAGGACAUGCAGACGAUUCCUCCUGGCGUGUUGACGAUGAUGGCGCCGCAGACGGCACGGGGGAUUUGGCUGAGGAAUUUGUUCUUGAGGUUUGUCAGUUGGGGAGUCAAGUUUAGUGGGCUGUUUGCGUGGUUGGGGGGUUUCUGGGCGAGUGCUUUUGGAGGGGAUAAGUAUGGUAUUCCAGAGUAUGAGUUUAGUGGGAAGGAUGAGUAG